CAUUUACUACGAUGUGCAUGGACAAGUCCGAGUUCCCACGAUAGACGUACCUGUAGUAAAAUCACACCUGAGCUGAAAAAGGACUCGGUUUUAUCGCUGGAGCUAUAAAACUAUCUAGACAGUCAAGAAUUGCACACCUAUUGCCCGAGGACAAAGGCCAAACUUUGAGCUUUCACCCUAUCUUUGCUCUUCAUCAUUUGUAGUUAUUUUACUUGGCCCUUUGAUCUUUAAUCAAAUGACUUUGAUUUCUCAGACAAUGUUUCCUAAGAUAAUUAGAGGGCGACAAAACUUGGAUGUUUAUUGAAUCAUGUGAUCCAGUUGUCAUGGAGAUAAAGAAUGAUGGGAUACCAUUCACCAGGCACUUUGAAGAAUCUACUUUCUCUUCUGGUUGUUUGCCUGUACAUAGGUUAUUCUGAAGAGUCCGUAGAAUGUAUGCAGAAAUGUUUCUGUAAAAUACCAGAUGUGCCAAGAGUGAAACGACUGUACCAUUAUGGUUCCAGUGUUCCCAUAGUUCUGGAAGGCAGUGAUCGAUUGUCACAGAAUAUCACCAACUAUGUCUUGAAGAUUUUAUUAGAGGAGAUCAUAGGCUAUAGUCAAAUCCAAAUAAACUAUCAAUCAGGGGCAUUAUAUAAUACAUCAGAUGUCCUUAAAAGACUGGAUCCAUAUCAAGGAGAGAAUAAAAAUGAUGAAGCCAUAUCAAAGUUACCAGUUUCUAUGAUCAACCUGGAGGUACCAGUUCAGUAUGGUUAUGACACAAGUUCAUGGACCAAUACAGAUAGAAUACAAAAUGUGGGCUUCCUUGGACCAAAGGGAAGAUUAGGCUGGUUUGCUUCUACACACAUGGUUGAUGAGCUAUGGAGAUUAGGGAUCAUAUCAGACCAUUGGAGGUCACUGUUUUCUAAGAGUGUGGCAGAAAAGUUUGCCUUGACUAGCCAGUAUGAGCUACUUAAGAAUCUGACAAUUGUAAACGACACAACUAACAAGCAUUACUGUGAUAGUCCUAUUUGUGAGGACGGUAUUUUUUAUGGCUAUGGUUGUCCAAAAACCAAUUUUUCUAAGUGUUCUACAUUGAUAACAUCUUUUCCAGAUUUUGAUAAUGGUGCUUUGAUAUCCCAGGUCAAAAGUCUUGGUCUUCCUGUUAAUGUUGUAUAUAUUGGUGACAAUUUUAAUAUGUUUGUACUAGACAGAUUAAAGAAAAGUCUUCCCGUUCUCUUCUUUGACAUAAAUCCAAGUAUCUUGACAUCGACAGAAAAUGUUACAAGAAUCAAUUUCCCACUGUGCCAAAAGAACUCUUUCUUUUAUCCAAACAACUGUGAUUUUGAAGGAAAUCAAUACAAAAAAUUUGUAUGGACAAAGAUUCGUUAUAGUGCUCCAGAAGUUUAUCAUGUGAUCUCAAAAAUGAAAUUUACUGAUGAGAUUUAUACUCAACAGUUUAUUAAACGUUAUAAAUAUUAUGGAUCUACAGAAAAAGCUGCUUGCAGUUAUUUAAGAUACCACCAAGAUGAGUGGCAAAAAUGGAUCCCACCAAAUUUAUCCAGUAAAAUAAAAGUAUCCUUACUUAGUUUCUUUCCUCUUUCUGGAUCUAGAUGGCGACAACCAGGAUUAAUUCAGGGAGCUAAGCUUGCACUUGACAUUGUUAACCAGAAUCGUCAUAUAUUACCAAAUCAUGACUUAGAAAUGGUUGUUGUCGAUUCUCAGUGUCAGCCUGGUAUAGCUUUGAAAGAAUUCAUUAGAUAUGUUGGAAAACGAUCAGCUAUUCCUAUUGCAGGAGUUUUAGGUCCAGCAUGUUCAGAUGAGACAGAACCUAUUGCCUCAUUGUCCCGCCACUUUAACAUGUUAACUGUUAGUUACGGUGCUGAGGCUUCAUCUUUGUCAAACAGAAUUAACUACCCUUUCUUCUUCAGAACUAUCCCAGAAGUUAGUCAUCACAAGUUUGUAUAUGAGAAAUUUUUCCAUGCAAUGAAUUGGAACCAGCUAGGUGCCAUGUCUGAAGGAGGCCAAGAGUUACCAGAAUAUCAUUUAAUGCUCCAGGAAUAUCUCCAUCAGAGAGGGGUCUCUGUCAUUGUCAAACAUAACAUCCAGGGAACACUACAAAACUCAGAUGUAUCAGAGAUAUUUGCUGAUUUGAGGUCAAAGAACGUAAAAAUAAUUAUAGCUGACUUUUACAUGCCAGCAGCUAGAGCAGUCAUGUGUGAAGCUUGGAGACAGAGAAUGACAAGUCGAGAGGGUUAUGUUUGGUUUCUGCCUUCCUGGUACCCUAAUGACUGGUGGGAUGUUGAUUUUUACAAUAGCUCACCUAGUCCAAAAGAAUCACGGACCCAGGAGAAUGUACCUUGCUCGUCAGACAUGAUGAAGUAUGCUACGGAUGGUUAUUUUGUAUUAUCAAAGACAUUUUCUGAUUCAGACAACACAUUAAUUGUUGGGAACAUAACAGUUGGACAGUAUAAACAGAUGUAUGCUAAACGUGUUGGAGACGCAAAAGUAGCAGGGAGUGCCUUUGCUAGUUAUGUAUAUGAUGCUGUGUGGGUUUAUGCCUAUGCCUUAGAUAAACUGUUCAAAAAUGAACCAGGAGCCUUGGAACUGAUUCACUCCAAAUCUACAGCUCAGAAACUAGCAGACUAUGUGAAUCAGACAGAUUUCCAUGGGGUUUCUGGACAUAUCAAGUUUAAUGGCAGUAACCGACCAGGAACUAUAAAUAUAUUACAACACUUCCACAAUGGAACAAGACUUGUAGGACAGUUUACUCCUGGUUUACAUGGUGGUAAACUACAAAUUGAUGAAAAGAAGAUACGCUGGUUAACAUCACAUGGUAAACGACCUUCAGAUGGUCAUGUUGAUGUUGAAGAAUGUGUAAUAGAAACUUUCCGAAGAGCUUUUGACGUAACCUGUGAGAUGGCUAUAGUUAUUGCUAAUGUCAUUGGUUUUGGUGUCUUCCUCAUUUUAGUUGUAUUGGUGCUAGUUUUUAUAAAAUUCAGAUAUGAUGCCAAAAUGAGAAAAACACAUGAAAGAAUGAAAGAACUGGGUUUGCUCUCUCCCGACAUGUCUCCUUGUUUAUCUUUGGAUGAAUGGGAGAUGGCAAGAGACAAAGUUGUUUUGAACAGAAAAUUGGGAGAAGGAGCGUUUGGAACAGUAUUUGGUGGAGAAGCUUUCCUUGAUGGUCGUGGAUGGGUUGCUGUAGCAGUUAAAGCAUUAAAAAUUGGCGCUAGAGUUGAUGAAAAGAUUGAUUUCCUAAGUGAAGCAGAUAUUAUGAAGAGAUUUAAACAUCCUAACAUUGUACAGUUAUUGGGUGUGUGUACCAGAGGAGAGCCUGUCUAUGCAGUUAUGGAGUACCAUCUGCAUGGUGACUUGAAGACUUAUUUAUUAUCGCGUAGGAAUUUAGUAGGAAGUGAUUGCAAAGAAGCAUUUGAUAUCAGUUCAGAAAGACUAACACAAAUGGCAUUGGAUGUAGCCAGUGGUCUCAAAUAUAUGCAUGACUUGAAAUAUGUGCAUAGAGAUCUAGCUUGCAGAAACUGCUUAGUUCAUUCCAAUCUAACAGUAAAAAUAGGAGAUUUUGGAAUGACUAGACCAAUUAUUGAAUCUGAUUAUUAUAGAUUUACUAAAAAAGGUAUGUUACCAGUUAGAUGGAUGUCACCAGAAAGUUUAUGGGAUGGACUGUUUACUUCAAAGUCUGACAUUUGGAGCUAUGGAGUAUUGUUGUACGAGAUUGUCACAUUUGGUAGUUUUCCAUACCAAGGUCUUACUAAUAACCAAGUUAUAGAAUAUGUAAAGAAUCAAAACAGACUAAUAUUACCAGGAAAUUGUCCUGAAGAUAUAUACAGAUUCAUAUAUAAUUGUUUGGCAUCGGAAUCAAAGGAUCGUUUGGACUUAAUAGAUAUCAUUAGGUUUCUGAAAGCCAACCCUUCAUUUUUGGAGCCAUGUCUAGAUGCUCCAACUAACAGUGUCUAUCUUGCUGAUGAUCUAGACCCAAUAGAAUUUAAAUCAACGUCUUGUCACUCAACAAUGACCAAAUCACAUUCCACCAAUUUUCUUAACUUUUUUAACCGUUUGUCUCAAAGUUCUCAGGAUGCAAAACGUUUGAGUGGCACGAGUCAAAGUAUAAAAUUGUUGACACCUACAAAAACAUUGGUCAAACCUCCAUUCAGUCCCUCAAGUCCUCCGGGACGACAAAGAAGUAACAGCAUUGGAACGCCACAGACUCUUCAAAAAGAUAAAUAUAGUAAUGAUCAUUAUGAAGUCCCAGACAUUAGUCCAACAGGAUCCAUCUCAAAUAAAUCCCAUCGACAUUCACAUGAAAUCCCCUCAUCAUUUUCACAAUGUCUUCCAUUACUUACGUCAAGUGAGAAAGGAGAUCGGGGAGACGAGACUAGUGAUUAUUUUAGUGACAAUUCAAAAGAGCUUUGUCAAAAUUUAACCUUUGAAAUGUGUCAGACUAUUACCUCUGUAUGAUCUCUACAUACUUUUUAUGCGGUCAAUAGAUUUGGUCCGUUUUUGUCAAAAUGUGAUUUUAUCUGUUUUUGUCAAAAUGUGAUUUUAUCUGUUAUUGUCAAAAUCUGAUUUUAUGUACUGAGUAAAUAAAAUCUAAGCAGUAUCUAUUUUAAUGAAAAGUAACCUUGAAGUUUUCACAUUAUGCCACAUCUCUUUUUUUAAUAAUACAGAAAAAAAAAAUUUGAUUUGCAAACUUUUUAUUUUAUUUUUAUUGCAGUUUUCUCAAUGAAAAACUGCAGCCUAUCCUUUAAAUUCUUUCUUACAAAAAUACUUUUAUAGUUUUGUUUUGAGGUAAAGUUAAUUUUAAAAUUAAAUGUAAGUGUUUCUAUGUUUUUUUACUUUGUAUUUUUAAUUAUCCUGGAUGCCUGAGCAGUCUUACAGAAAAAAACCAGUAUGACAGUUCUAAAAUAAACAAUUCUUUAAUAAUAUUAAAUACUAAGGGAUCUUCGGUAACUUUAUUUUUCAAAAAUAUUUCAAAGAAUUUUAACGAGAAACAUGCCAGUUCUAAUCUUUAACAUAACUAUAUCUUGAUGGAAAUAAUUAGAUCCUUAUUAUCACCAGCAAUGACAAACUUUAUCUGUUAAAUUCAGCCUGUGCCAUACAUGAGUAUUUUUAUUUUAUUCAUUUAACAAAUCAUUAAGGGAAACAGUUAUUUUGAAGUAAUAAGAAUGAUGGUCUUAAAGUUGUGAAAUUUUAAUAGGGGAUCACUUAAGAAAUGUAUAAGUAAAUUGAGGUUUUUCUGAUGCUGUUCUUGCCUGUUCAUUAAGAAAUAUUAUGUAAAUUUAAAAUAAAAAAACACACUUAGUGAAGGUGCUUUUUGUAUUUUAAAGAUUUUGAAGCUUCCACAUACUUGAAUUCAUGCUUUCCAAAAAAUAAUUGAGAUGUCACUCCUGUCUUAUGUAGACGUCUUGUGUACACAAUUUGAAAAGAUAAAUGUGUUUCUUUUAACUAUGUUUCAGAUACACAUGUGUAUAAUAUUAACCUUUGCAAGGUAGUAUCAUUUGUAGGAUGCAGUUAUACACAGAAGUUUUGUUGAAGGACUACUCUUAUAAAAAUAGUGCUGGCUUAAUUUGUAAAACUGAAUAGUGUUAGUAUUUGUUCUUACUUUAAGCCUGUCUUGGUUGCCCCUGAACCCAUUAAGAGGAUAUCUUCGAUUCUUGUUUUAGGUAUAACCAAAGCAUUCAGCGGCAACCACUUGGGAAGUGAGCAUUUAAUAAACAUUUUAAAGAACGAACUAUUUGGUUGAUAAUAAAAAAGUAGUAGAUGGAUGUUGUCUUCCAUUCAACAAAAGAAGAAUAUAUUAUGUUAAUGUUAUGUAUAUAAGCAUUGUUUUUUUGUUGUUAGAUCUCUCUAUUUAUAUUCUGAUGUCAUGCCAUAUCAUUAAUCAUUUAUUGUUUGUUUUUCAGCAAAUUUGUCAUAUUUUAUCAUUUUUAAUGGUCAGCUAAUUCUUUACCACAUUAAGAUUAAAAUACUGUUAAUGUGUCAAUUGUUAAAAAAGUUUGAACGAUCUGUUGUGUUUUUUGUGUUGUUGGAUUGAAAACAAGAUUAUCUCCAUAAAUUCAAAGAAAUCCAUAAAUAUGUAUUUGUCAGGGCCUCACUUUUAUGAACCAGGGACUUAUAUAGGCUGGUACUUUUGCAUCAUUAAAACAAUGGACACAAGCUUCAAUUUUAGGAUACUGUGAAUUCACUAAUUAUUGCGAUUUUGUCAUUUAAGACUAUUACAUGAUUUUUAUUUUUGCAUCAUUGAGAAAGUCCUGUUUGAUUCUCAUACAAUAAAUCAAAAUGUGGGUUGAAAUUAUUGCGAUUAUAACUCUGUCGCAUUUUUUGCAAUAAUAAAAACAUCGCAAUAAUAUCUGAAUUUACAGUAUACAAUAACAGCUAUAGUAGGUUGUCAAAUGAAAACAUUAAUUGAAUUAUCUCAUAAUUUGUCACAAAUUCAAGAAAUUUUCAAUGAUUGAUUGCACAUAUUAAAUAAUGAAUGCAUUUUGAACUCUUUUUUGUAAUUAAAUAUGCAUUGAGGUUCAAAACAAAAUGUUAGCAAAUCAACAAAUUAUUUUAAAAAGUGACAAUUUUUGUUAAUUUUUUGGUUAGAAAUCCCUUAAACCUAAUUUAUCUACUCAUAAAAUUUUAUUAUUGUAACAUUACAUUGGUUUGUUGUUAUAAUAAUAUAAAGUAUGUUCCCUAUUCAAAUUUUAAAAACAAGCAUAAAAUUCUACACAAAUUCAUUCUUUGAGAUGACAAGAAGUUAAUUUUUUGAAAAGAAGUGAAAGCUUAUAUUUCAUAUCAUUUGGUUUUCAAGUUUGAUUGCAUUUUGAUACCAUAGAGUUAUCUACCUUGUUAUAGUAUCUAGAAAGAAACCAUUAAUUUCUUUGGAUUCUUUUUUUGGUCCCACCAAACACAGAUCAAAUUAAAAUUUGGGUGCUGUCGGAUUCACUGUUCUUGAGUUCAUACCUUUGUGAAUACAAAAAUUGCAAAAUUUGCCAUACAUAUGCAAGUGGGGUAUGGCUUAAUCACAAUUUUAAAUUUUCACUAAAGUAUAAUUUUUUAUAAGUUUGAAUGUAAAGUAGAGGAACCACUAAAUUUAUUUUCUUCAAUCCCCAAAUAUUUGUAUUAAUAAAAAUAAAUGAAUCCAUCUUACAUUGUAAACAGGAUUAAAACUGACCAUAACUUAAAUACUUAUAACUUUAAUACUUAAAUCAAAAGAUGUAAUUAUUUAUUUUAUUCAUAUAUAUUAUUCAGUCAUAGAUAUCACAAAUUAUCCAUGUUAUGAACAUUCCACACAUAUAUUUUAUAUAUACAUAGAUUUCAAAAAUAUUUAUUAUAUACAUUGAAUUAGUGCUAAUUAAAUUGGCAUACAU